CUGCCCCCGCCCCUACUGAGCCCUCCCCUGGGGAGAGAGAGAGGGAGAGGGAGAGGUAGUUCCUGGUGUGGUGAGGGUGUGGUGGUGUGGUGGUUGGCUUGGCUUCUGUCGCUGGCUAGGACCGUGCCAUCUGAGAGCGUGGGCAGCGUAUCUGUGGCAGGGGCCGAGAAGCGUAAUGGCUAUCACAGCCAUGCUGCAGGAGGCACCUUCCUCCGCAACCUGGUCGCCACCCAGUGGGAGAAGACGAGUAGGAGCCAACAGGACAAGCUCCAGGAUAAACUGUCCCAGGAUGACCCCGUAGUCACGUCCCCCAGGGCAGAGGAGGAGACCUCAUCUGCAGACAGCAGCCCCAGUACACCCACUGAAGCCCCGUUCCAGGCCAGCGGUGCAGGAACAGAGCCCCAGCCAGAGCUCCACGCAGGGAGGCAGGUCUCAGGAGAGACUGGCCCCAUCCAGAGAACCCUGGAGCAGCCUGACCCAGCAGACACCCAGGCGACCCAUAAUGAACCAGGUGUCAGUGUCCAGCGGAAAACACUCUCCAAUGAGAGGAAGUUCAUGCUGAACAUGCUCGACGCCAAGAACUCCUCGGCCGGUCCCCUGAAGAGCCCGUCAGGCACCGACCCCGACCUCGACCCCGAGGAGAGCCUCUCCGGAGAGCCAGAGGACUGCAGAGGGCUGGGCAGGGCUGGUAGCAGUGUGAAGGAACGUCUAUCUAGCCUCAAGGCCCAGCAGGCCCAGCCUCUACCCAGUGAGGACAGCAGUUCCAGGAGGGCAGAGCUGCAGGGUCUGGGUGGCAGUGCCCAGGCGGCGCGGGCCAGGCUUGCAGAGGAGCAGCAGCACCGGCAAGUCCGGCCGCAGUACAGCAUCGACGCAGAGACCCACUCCCGAAACCUGGAGAAAACCCAGAUGACCCCACUGGCCAGGGACAGACAGACAGACGCCUGGGACCAGCUCCAACCCAGCUCCAAAGCCCUGAAGAUUAAAGACCUGGACUUCUCUGACCUCAUGGAGGAGGAGGAUAUAGAUGUUCUGGACGUGGAUGUCUUCGACGUAGGUGUUGGUCGGGCUGGCGGCGGCGGUGGCAUCCCACCUCCUCCUCCACCUAUGCCUGGACUAGCCUCCGCUCCUCCUCCACCCCCUCCUCCUCCUCCCGGGGCGCCGUGUAUGAGUCUCCCUCCUCCACCUCCUCCCCCACCGGGUGGAGGUCUCUGCGCCCCUCCUCCUCCACCUCCUCCUGGAGCUCCCCCUCCCCCUUUCUCCUCCUCCUCCUCCUCUUCCUCCCAGGCUCCCGACCCGGCCUUUGCCAAGAAGAGAAAGACGGUCAAGUUGUUCUGGAAGGAACUCAAACAGUCAGACAGUCCCAGGAAGUGUAAAUUCGGACGCGGGACGGUGUGGGCGUCGCUGGAUAAGGUCGCCGUGGAUACGGCCAAGCUGGAACACCUGUUUGAGUCCAAGGCCAAGGAGCUACCCGUGGCUCUGAAGAAAGGAGCAGAAGUGAAGAAGGCAGAGAUACUGGUGUUAGAUUCCAAGAGGAGUAACACCAUCAACAUCGGCAUGACCGUACUACCAGCUGUCCACGUCAUCAAGACCGCCAUCCUCAACUUUGACGAGUUUGCCAUCAACAAGGAGGGCAUCGAGAAAAUCCUGACGAUGACUCCUAGUGAGGAGGAGAAGCAGAAGAUCCAGGAGGCUCAGCUGGCCAACCCUGAUGUCCCUCUGGGCUCAGCGGAACAGUUCCUCCUCACCCUGUCCUCCAUCAGCGGCCUCAGCGCUCGACUGCAGCUCUGGGCCUUCAAACUCAACUAUGAAACCCUGGAGAAGGUAGGAUCAGGGGGGGGCCCGUAUUCCUAAAGCAUCUGGCCUUGGAUGCAGUCUGUUC